AUGUUGAAUCAGCGAGUUUCUGCUAAUCCAACUUCCACAUCUUCACAAAUGCAGCCUAAUUCGAAUACUGUUCCGUCAAAAUCAUUAAUUUCAUUAGACGAUAAAAUCGCUCAAAUAGCUGGAAAUUUGUCUAUUUGUGACAGUUAUUCAUCCACACAAGUUGGUCGUAUUUAUCGUGCUCCCGAUGGAAGUUUAUCUACAAUCAAUUGGUCUGGAACUAUGCCAUGUGUUCAAGUUUCAACAGUAUCUAAUCAACAUAUGUCACAAGUUUCAACUAUUCAUCCAUCACCUUCUUUGAAUCAAAUAAUAGGUCCAGUUAAUACUAAUCAUCAACCAACUGCUUCGAUUCCAUUGAAUUCAACUAAUCCAUGGGCUGCGUCAGCUCAGUCUAAUAUUUCAUAUCAAACUCAAUCAUUUAUAAAUAAUCCUAUUCUAUUGAAUAAUAAUGAUAUAAUAGUUCAUCGUUCAAUGAAUAAUCCAUUUCUUUUAUAA